AUGGCGAUACCUCUUACUGGUAAAUUGGUGAUGAUAUUCAUCACGCUAGCGGUCAUAGGUGGUUUGACCGCUGUCAUUGUGCUUCUCGUAAAUGAUACUACUGAGGAGACUGAAAUCCCAACGACCACCACAAGUACCACACCAGAUCCAGACCCGGGAUUUUUAUAUCAAGUUGGUGUAGGUAUAGCAGAUAUGACUGGGCCAUGUGUUGAAAUAACUUUCAUGGGUUAUGCAGAGUUGGGACAAUCGGGACAAGGGAUCCAUUUGAGGCAGUUUGCCAGGACUUUUAUCUUUGUGAAAGGCGAUACGAGAGUGGUCCUGGUAAACGCUGAAAUAUUGGCUGUUGGUUUCUCAGUCAGGCGGCAGGUCGUUAAGAAUCUCCAGGAGCUCUACGGUGAUAUGUAUUCGCUCCGAAACGUGAUCAUAACAGGAACACACACUCAUAGUGGACCCGGUGGUCACCUCGUAGAUUUCCUUCUAGAUAUUUCUAUAUUAGGAUUCUCUAGGGAAACCUACGAUGCUUAUAUUGCUGGCAUAACGAGGAGUAUUGUAAACGCUCACAACAAUAUAGUGCCAGCUCGUCUUCUCUUUGGCAAAACUCGAGUUACGAACGCCCAAAUGAAUCGGUCACCCUUCUCUUACGAACAAAACCCACCUGAAGAAAGAGCGAGAUACGACAAAAAUAUAGACGAUGAACUGACCCAAGUUCGUAUAGUUAAGAGUGAUGGUAGCCUCCACGGAGUAAUGAACUGGUUCUCAGUGCACGCCACCAGUAUGAACAUGAGCAACCAUCUUGUAUCAUCAGACAACUUGGGCUAUGCGGCCUUGAAGCUUGAAGCUACUCUUAAUCCUGGCAGAGCUACUGGAAAGCCCACCAUAGUAGCUGGUUUCUUCGCAUCAAGUAUCGGUGAUGCGUCUCCCAACACACGCGGAGCGCGUUGUGAGUUCAGCGGCAUUGAAUGUGAUAAUCAGUUCAAGAUAUGUGAUCUUUUCGAAAGAUGCAUCUCCAGCGGCCCCGGACAAAAUAUGUAUGACAGUACUAGAAUCAUUGGGGAAAUGGUGUAUAAGGGCGCUUUGGAAGUACUCAGUAAGCCUGGCGAGGAGUUGACCGGGGAGCUCGCUGUCGUCCACCAAUUUAUGGACAUGCCGCUGGAGACCGCACCGCGGUACGACCCUAUUCAUAGGACUUUUACUGCGAACGAAACUGUCGAAGGUUGUGUACCCGCCCUCGGAUACAGUUUUGCAUCGGGCACCAUAGACGGCGCCAAUAUAUUAAAUAUCACACAAGGCACGAUCACUAACAGCACGCUGUGGGACGCAAUCGGCGGCAUCGUGGCUCCGCCCACAGAGGACGACGUGGCCUGCCAUGCGCCUAAACCUAUUUUGCUCGCUACCGGAAGGGUCAACUUUCCGGUGCCCUGGCACUCUCGCGUAAUAUCAUUAUCUCUAAUAUAUCUCGGUGAUUUCGUAAUCGUGGGCAUCCCCGGUGAGCCCACCACAAUGGCGGGCCGGCGGAUGAAGGACGUGGUGAGUGACGUGUUGGUAUCUCGCGGACUGCAGCCGCGGGUGGCCGUCUCUGGACUCACCAAUGAGUAUAUCCACUACGUGUCUACUUUCGAGGAAUAUCAAGUACAACGUUACGAAGCGGCCUCAACACUCUUCGGGCCUCAUACACUCGAUAUAUUCUUGCACAAGUUACGACAGUUCACGCUCGCAGCAAUAGAGGGCUCGGCGGUUGCGGCGGGGCCGGAGCCCGCGGACCACGCGGACAGCGCGCUGUCCGUCAUCCUGCCCGUCGUAAUGGACACCGCGCCGCCCGGCACCAGCUUCGGUGACGUCAUCGAGCAGCCGCCGGAACACGUACGCAGCGGGGACGUCGUCGAAGCUGUCUUUGUCGGAGCAAACCCUAGAAACGAUCUUCUUCAGGAGUCCAGCCAUAUUACGGUAGAGCGACUGGAGCUCGGGCAGUGGGUCACCAUCGCCACCGAUGCGGAUUGGGAUACAAAGUUCGUGUGGCAGCGCGAGUCCACGUUGCUGGGCACGAGCGCGGCGCGCGCGCAGUGGGCCGUCCCGCGUGACGUCAUCGCGGCGCCGCACCGCCUGCGCUACCGCGGCGCCGCGCGCUCCGUGCGCGGGCACCUCACGCGCUUCCACGCCGCCUCGCGCACCUUCUCCGUCGCGUAG